AUGCUUAGAGCAACAUAUGAACAUAUUAUUCAUGUAGAGUCAUUUAAAAACAUUGAUCUCUUCAAUUAAGGACUCUAUUACUUGAGAUUUAUGAUCAAAUCUAAUGGUGAGUAAGCCACUCCUUACAAUUAUUUUGAAACCAAUAAUAACAAGAAAAAAGAAUCUUGGUAACCAAGUCAGAUUGAUGAACAAUACUUUUAAACUAGAACAUUUAUGAUACGAUUCCAAGAAGAAGAAGUAGAGAUAGAUGAAAGUUGCAUUUUUAAAAUAGAAGUCUCAGCAUCACCUCAUUAUGAACAUGAAUUCAAAUUAAUAUGUGAAUUAAUGUGUGCAGAUCUAGCUAAAAUUGGAGGUCCUCCUAAUGAAGAAUCUCUUUUCAAGUGUGUUGCUACCUUUUAAGGAAGAAUCUGCAACUCUUAUAAGGGAGUACAUGAAUAUGUCCCCAUAAUGUUUGAUACCAAUCAUUUUUGUCAGGUCCAUUGCACUGUCAAUUCUAAUCUUCAAGAUUUUAAGUUCCGAUUAAGUGAAUUUCAAAAAGCUAAUAGCUCUAAAAUAUCAAUUCAACCAAAGACAUUUACAGAGUUCCUUCAUAAACACACUAACAAAUUCACUAAGAGUCAAGAAUUCUUUGAUUACUACAUCGGAUAAUUGAGAUUAACAAGUGAAUCACUCUAAUAAUAAGUGGCUAAGCUUUGUGGUUAACUCAAAUUAUAUGAGGAAUUAUCCAAAUUACCCACAAUUCCUAAAUUCUCAUACAUCUAAUAUCAAGAAUCCUCCAUUAUAAAAGAAAAUAUCCAUACUAAAGGUAAUAUAUUAAUAUCUGACGUUUUAAAUUUAAAGAACAUUAGAGAUUAAAACCUGUUAUCUACUCUCAUCGAAAACGAUAUAAAUCAAUACUCUUCUGUUCUGUUUGAAUUACAAAACAUACUUAUUAAUAUCAUAUAAAACAAUUCAAAAUAAUACCGAAUACUUUUACAAUAAAACUAUCAAGUUAAAAUAAAAGAUAAAUGGGGAGAAACAUAUUUUAGAGAAGUCAUUAAAUGUAAUUCCUUUUCCAAUGGAACUUUGUGCCAAAAAUAACACCAAGAUGUCAGUGAUCAAAUUAGAAGAAAACCUCUUAUUAUGGAAUAGUAAUUGGAUAUUAUAGAUGAAAACCUAUUCUCUGAUUAAAAGUAGGCAACUGUGUUAUUUGAAGAAAUCUAUCAGAUUAGUUAACCUUUAGCUUAAUAAGAAUAAAUUUUGCAUUUAAUUGUUCUGGUACAUGGAUUUUAAGGAAAUUCCUUAGACAUGAGGUUGAUUAAGAAUAAUCUGCAAUUAUAAUAUCCAAAUCAUCACUAUUUAAUGAGUAGAGCAAAUGAAGAUUUAACUGAUGGAAAUCUCUCUGACAUGGGUUAGAAUCUAGCUCAGGAAGUUAAACAAUAUAUCUUGGAUUGGAUAAAGAACAACCCUUUUAGAAUCAGUUUUCUUGGUCACUCAAUGGGAGGAGUUAUUGUCAGAGCUGCUUUACCACAUUUGAGUGACUUCAAGAUCAAUAUGAAUACAUACAUAUCUUUAUCAAGUCCACAUCUAGGAUAUGGUUACAAUAAUAGUUUACUUAUUGAUGCAGGCUUAUGGUUUCUAAAAAGAAUGAGAAAAUCUGUCUCUUUACAAUAAUUAGCAAUGACUGAUGCUGAAUAAAUUGAAAAUACCUUCCUGUAUCAAUUGUCAAGAUAGGAUGGCUUGAAUUGGUUCUAGAAUAUCCUAUUUGUCAGUUCAGCAUAAGAUUCAUAUGUUCCAUUUGAGAGUGCAAGAAUCUCUAAGAAUUUUGAAAGAAGUGAUUAAGUAUCUAUAUUUAUCAUUAUAAAGAACUCGAGAAAAUAUGAGAAAAUGGUUGAUAAUAUCUUUAAUGGAAUGAGAGCAACAUAAGUGAGAAGAUUAGAUGUUAAUUUCGUUUUAAAAGAGUAAUUACAUAUAUUCUAUUAUUUAGAAAUAGAACCAUAGACAAUAUGAUUGGAAGAUCAGCACAUAUUAUGUUUUUAGAGAAUCAAUAAUUGUUAAGAAUGUUGGUAACAUGUGUAGAUGAUAUAUUUAAUUGA